AUGCGCCGGCAUCUCCCCCAGGAUUACAGGAACCCGCUGAUGGAGAUGGAGCCGAAGGUGCUGAGUGCUAGGAAGUGCCAGGUGGUGUUUUUUCGUCUGAAGGAGAUCCUGCAGUGCCACUCCAUGUUCCAGAUCGCCCUCGCCUCCCGCGUGGCCGAGUGGGACUCGGCGGAGAAGAUCGGGGACCUCUUCGUGGCCUCGUUCUCCAAGUCGAUGGUGCUGGACGUCUACAGUGACUACGUCAACAACUUCACCACUGCCAUGUCCCUCAUCAAGAAGGCUUGUCUCACCAAACCUGCCUUCCUCGACUUCCUCAAGAAGAGGCAGAUGGCCAGCGCUGACCGGGUCACGCUCUACGGGCUGAUGGUGAAGCCCAUCCAGCGAUUCCCCCAGUUCAUCCUGCUCCUGCAGGACAUGUUGAAAAACACCCCCAAGGGCCACGCAGACCGCCUGUCCCUCCAGCUGGCCCUCACCGAGCUGGAGACGUUGGCGGAGAAACUCAACGAACAGAAGCGCUUGGCCGACCAAGUCGCCGAAAUCCAGCAGCUCAGCAAGAGCAUCAGCGACCGCAGCAGCCUCAACAAGCUGCUGAGCUCGGGGCAGCGGCAGCUCCUGCUCUGCGAGACGCUGACGGAGACGGUGUACGGCGACCGGGGGCAGCUCAUCAAGUCGAAGGAACGGAAGGUUUUCCUCCUCAACGACAUGCUGGUCUGCGCCAACAUCAACUUCAAGCCGGUGAACCCAGGAGGCCAGCUGGAAAUUAGCAGCCUGGUGCCCUUGGGUCCCAAAUACGUGGUGAAGUGGAGCACGGCCCUCCCACAGGUACAGGUGGUGGAGGUGGGGCAGGAGAGCGGCGCCUACGACAAGGACAACGUCGUCAUCCACAACGCCGGCGCCAAGAAGCACGUGCCAGCCGGGCAGGCUUCACACAAUAAAGUCUACCUGGGGCCACCGCGGCUCUUCCAGGAGCUGCAGGACCUGCAGAAGGACCUGGCGGUGGUGGAGCAGAUCACCCUUCUCAUCAGCACCUUGCAUGGCACCUACCAGAACCUGAACAUGACGGUGGCCCAGGACUGGUGCCUGGCCCUGCAGAGGAUGAUGAAGGUGAAGGAGGAGGAGAUCCACUCCGCCAACAAGUGCCGCCUCCGUCUCCUGCUGCCUGGGAAGCCGGACAAGUGAGUUUGCAGGUCAUGGGUGGGCUCUUCCCACCCCAGGGAGGAGGAGGAGGAGGCUGAAGAUGGACCUGCGAUGCUUUCCCUGCGCAGGUCUGGCCGCCCCAUCAGCGUCAUGGUGGUCUUCAUCACCCCAAACCCCCUGAGCAAGAUCUCCUGGGUGAACCGCCUGCACUUGGCCAAGAUAGGACUGCGGGAGGAGAACCAGCCGGGCUGGCUCUGUCCCGACGAAGACAAGAAGAGCAAAGCUCCUUUCUGGUGCCCCAUCCUCUCCUGCCACAUGCCCGCCUUCUCCUCCAAGGCCCUCGAUCUGCAG